GCGGCUAUAAAUCCCAAAUCAAAAUCUACUACUGCAAACUCAGCGCCAAAUCCGCACCUCCCCUUCUGGUUCCCGGCACGGCGGAGACCUGCACGAACUCAAAAGUUCACUCACAUCCAAGAAACAUACAGAAGUUAUAUUCUUUCAAAAGAAAUUAAAUGAUCAGAACCAUAUUUCACCUGCGUUCAUCACUGUCACUCUCAACUGCGAUAAACCCUCCAUCUUCGCCAUCAGCUUUCCUGUUUCCUCUCCUUUUUUCCCAUUUCUCCAGCUCGCCUGUAUUAGAGAGAAAGCGUUCCGAUCCCAACGACGACGAUUUCAAUGAGGAUCCCUCCCGUCCGCCCAGGCUCUUCGUCGUACAGCCCAGGAUCCGACCCGAGACGCAUUUGAGGUGGAAGCUCGAGGAGGCUUUGAAUCUCGCCAAAUCGCUCGAACAACAACGCGACGGAUUUUAUGAGACGGAGUUUCUGGACAAGGAGACCCCGCCUCAUCUAGUCGUUCAGAAUCCCAUCGCCAGGUCGCCUCGAGCGGAUACAUUUUUUGGCCUUGGGACAGUAAGCAAUAUUAAGUGCCACUUGAAUGAUUUGGAAUCAAAGGAUGACGUGGAUGCUAUAUUUGUAAAUGCUAUUCUCACUGGUGUUCAGCAACGUAAUUUGGAGAGGACAUGGGAUAAACCUGUUCUGGACCGUAUUGCUCUCAUAAUAGAGAUUUUUAAUGCUCAUGCUCAGACAAAGGAAGCUAAACUGCAGUCUGAGUUAGCAGCCCUGAUGUACAAACGGAGCAGGCUCGUUCGAGUUCGUGGUUGCGAUGGGCGUUAUACAUUUGGUGGAGUUGGAGAAGCUGAAGUUGUUAGUGCCAGAGGGAGAGGGAGUGGAGGGCGUGGUUUUAUCAGCGGUGCUGGAGAAACUGAGCUUCAACUUCAGCGUCGAAGAAUCUCGGAACGGAGACAAAAAUUACUCUCUGAAAUCAAAGAAGUUCGAAGAACUCGAGCCGUGCAGCGUGCUGCUAGAAAAAGGGAAGGAGAGUCUUUGGGACAAGAACUUGCUACCGUUGCUGUAGUUGGCUAUACAAAUGCUGGAAAGUCUACACUGGUCAGUGCGCUCUCAGACAGCUAUCUUUACUGUGAUGAUCGAUUAUUUGCUACCGUCGAUCCAAAGUUAAGCAGUGUUGUUCUUCCAUCAGGGAGGAAAGUGCUGCUUAGUGACACAGUUGGGUUUAUCUCAGAUUUGCCUGUUCAGCUGGUCGAGGCAUUUCAUGCAACACUGGAGGAGGUUGCCGAGGCUGAUCUUCUCGUGCAUGUGCUGGACUCGAGUGCACCGAAUCUUGAUGAACACCGGAAAACUGUCAUGCAAGUUCUUGGAAGGAUUGGUGUUUCUCAGGAGAAACUUCAGAACAUGAUUGAAGUUUGGAAUAAGGUUGAUAUCCUAGAAGAUAAUCCUGAUGGCAUUAAUCAAGGAUUCGAUUUCCCAGAUAACGAAGAUGAUGAAGUCACCACUGACCAAGAUACUAAAGCUGAGCUGUCUCAUGAUCUUGGAGACUACUCAGAUGGCUGGCUCUCGUGCGAUGAUGAGAAUGAAGACUUUUGGGUUGACUAUGACGGCAAGUCCAUAGGAUGCAACUCUGCGAAUGGCUCUCAAGAUGAGCUUUCAGUGCCCACUGAUGAAGGCCUUGAUUCCACCUGCAAUGUCAAAACAUCUGCUGUGACUGGAGUCGGUUUACAAGAGUUGCUGGAGAUAAUUGACAAGAAGUUGGGUCCGUCUCGUGUGGUGGAAAGGGGUGUGUUUGACCGCAAGUGGAGACCACCUCGUGAUGAAGAUAGUAAUAAGAUAGCAGCUGAGCUGUAAGCAAUGUAGGCAUGGAAAUCUCUAGGUGAACAACUGGUGCUUGAUGUUGCUUGCCAUAGUCUGGAAGAAGUUGAGGCAAUAAGAUCUAGAAAUUUGACCAUAGUCUGGAAGAAAUUGAGGCCAUAAGAUGUAGAAAUUUGACGGAAGCUGUUGUGUUGGUUAUACAUGUAAGAGUGCGUAUAAAUCAUAGUAAGCCGAGUCUUGGUUGUUGAAUUACAAAAUCUGAAACUUAUAUCGAAAAUAAGAACCCUUAAAUUCACUAUUUAAAAAAUUAAAAAUUAU